GCAAUCAUGUUUGCUCAUAGACUCUCACCACGUCUUGCAAAGUCUGUCUCCCACGCGCGCUCGACACUCGCGGUCAGGGCCAGCUGCUCGCGGACAUACGCUACAACCACCAACGCAGACCACGUGAACAUCGUCGAAGUCGGUCCGCGCGAUGGCCUGCAGAACGAGAAGUCGGUUAUCCCGCCAGAAGUCAAGAUUGAGCUUAUAAACCGCCUUAACCGCGCCGGGCUCAAGACUAUCGAGGCGGGCAGCUUUGUCAGUCCAAAGUGGGUUCCCCAGAUGGCUGGCACGGCCGACGUGAUAUCGCGUAUGGAGCGACUUCCUGGAAACUAUUAUCCCGUGUUGGUGCCGAACCUCAAGGGAUUGGAGUUGCUGCUCGACCUUCUUGCGAAGCACCCGCCAAGCGCGGGUGGUCCGCCGCCGCCGACAAACGAAAUUGCAGUGUUUACCGCCGCCACGGAGGCGUUCUGCAAGGCCAACACGAACUGCAGCAUUGUAGAGAGCUUAGAGCGCAUUCAUGCCGUCACAAGGAAGGCAUUGGAUCAUGGUCUGCGCGUCAGAGGCUACGUCAGUGUCGUCAUAUCCUGUCCGUACGAAGGCAAAGUGAGCCCCCAGAAGGUCAAAGAGGUUACGAGGGCGCUCCUCGAUAUCGGUUGUUACGAGGUCAGUCUCGGCGACACCGUGGGCACAGGUACGCCCGCGACAGUGCGCGAGAUGCUUGAGACUGUGAUGGGCGGCGCGGGCACGGUCCCUGCGAACAAACUUGCCGGGCACUACCACGACACAUUCGGGACUGCCGUCGCGAACAUCAUGACCUCGCUUGACAUGGGCCUCCGCACAUUUGAUGCGAGCGUCGGCGGUCUGGGUGGCUGCCCGUACUCGCCCGGCGCGACGGGCAACGUCGCGACCGAAGACGUGCUCUAUGCACUCAAGGGCAGCAAGUACACUACGGAUGGCGACCUCGACGCUCUCGUCGAUGUUGGUGACUGGAUCUCAAAGAAGUUACAACGAACGAACGCGAGCAGGGCAGGCAAGGCAAUUCUAGCCCGAAGAGAGAGGGAGCAUCUCGAGAAGGAGCGCGAGAACGAUGGGGGCGCGGCGGAAGUGAUCUCAGCGAAGCUGUGAGGGCCCCACAUAUGCAUUGUACAACAUACAUUUUCAGGAUGUCUCGUUCGGACUGUGACCUAGCUCUUGCAUAACCAAUAAGCCGCCACAAUGUUUAGUAUGAAGUCCAUCAUGCCCAGUG